UUUUGUGUCUCUCGGAAGGAACUUUCGUUACAUGUUCCCUGUUUUUUGAGGGUCUCUCUUCUUGUUGUUCAGCUUGAUUAUUUGUUUCUUGUUACCUCAAAGCAACUCAUCAUUUCUCUCUUUCUUCAAGCAUUGCAGAGUCUGUGAAGUUAAACAGUUGGCGGCUAAUAGCACAGUAAUGGGUAACUGCCUAGAUUCCUCAGCAAAAGUGGAUGCUGCUCACAGUUCAAGGACUUCCACUUCUGGGAUUUCGAAAGCGAGUCGCUCCUCUGCGGCCUCAAGCUUAUCCAUCUUGUCACACAAUGGAACCAGUGAUUCUUCAUCUUCAUCUGCAUCCGCUCUUCCCACGCCGCGCUCCGAGGGCGAAAUCUUGUCUUCUCCGAAUCUCAAGUCCUUCGCUUUCAACGAACUGAAGAGCGCCACAAGGAACUUUCGUCCGGAUAGUCUCCUUGGUGAGGGAGGAUUUGGCUAUGUUUAUAAGGGGUGGCUUGAUGAACACACUUUUACAGCUUCCAAACCAGGAUCAGGAAUGGUUGUUGCUGUCAAGAAACUUAAGCCUGAAGGUUUUCAAGGUCAUAAGGAGUGGUUGACCGAAGUUAAUUACCUGGGACAACUUCACCAUCAUAACCUGGUUAAGCUAAUUGGUUACUGCGUGGAGGGGGAAGAUCGGCUGUUGGUGUAUGAGUUCAUGCCCAAAGGGAGCUUAGAGAAUCAUCUGUUUAGAAGAGGACCACAGCCACUUUCUUGGUCACUUAGGAUGAAAGUGGCCAUUGGUGCUGCCAGAGGUCUAACUUUUCUUCACAAUGCCAAAUCACAAGUCAUAUACCGCGAUUUUAAAGCUUCGAAUAUCCUACUAGAUGCUGAGUUCAAUGCAAAACUCUCUGAUUUUGGCUUAGCCAAGGCUGGUCCUACUGGAGAUAGAACUCAUGUCUCUACUGAAGUUAUGGGUACUCGUGGAUAUGCAGCACCUGAAUAUGUAGCAACAGGGCGGUUGACAGCCAAAAGUGAUGUAUAUAGCUUUGGGGUUGUAUUGCUUGAGCUUUUGUCUGGAAGACGUGCUGUUGAUAGAACAAAAGCCGGUGUCGAGCAGGACCUUGUAGACUGGGCGAAACCGUAUCUAGGUGACAAAAGAAGACUAUUUAGGAUUAUGGACACCAAGCUCGAGGGUCAAUACCCACAGAAAGGAGCCUACAUGGCUGCUACUCUUGCUUUAAAAUGCCUUGAUCGUGAAGCCAAGUUAAGGCCGCCAAUGACAGAGGUUUUAGAAACCCUCGAGCAGAUAGAAGUCCCCAAAACUGCAGCGCGAAACUCUCAAUCAGGGCAGAAGAGAGUACAUGUUCCUCCAAGCCCAAGGAAGUCUCCUGGACAGAAUCUGUCCCCCAUGAAUGUCACUCGAACUUCAUACCCAUUGCCGCCUUGCCGAGAAUCCCCUCAUGUACAAUAAACCUUAUGAUCAUCUGUAUAUAAAUUCCUUUAUUUAUGAGAUUGCGUUUUUGACAGGAAUAUAAUGAGGUAUUCAUUUCUCCAACAUAAAACUUUUGUACCAAAGAAUAAUAUAGAAAGGAAUAUGAACACCAUAUUUCCAUUAGCUAUGGAAGUCUGCACAGGGGUGUUUCCAAUGCA